CGCCAGCAGUGGUGGAUGUGGGGAGAGAAAUGGCGGAGUUUUGAAAUUUGUAAGACUGGAUGUCAUGAACUGCUAUAUAUAUUAUGACUAUUAAGAUCAUGGCACGUCGUAAGUUCUGUGCAAAGAAUUCUGAUCCAAUGGACCAGUGGCUGGAGUCACAUGGAUUUUAUCGCAAGCACACAGCAAGAGAUGGAUCUUGUUUAUUUAGAGCAGUUUCAGAACAGAUUUUCUUCACACAGGCUGCUCAUAAAAUAGUCCGUAAACAUUGUACGGAUUAUAUGUUAAGACAAAGGAUGAAAUUCAGUAAGUUUGUAGACGGUUCGUUUGAUGACUAUGUGAAAAAAAUUCGAAAUGUGAAUGAAGCUGGUGGUACUUUGGAACUGCAGGCAAUUGCAGAAUUUUACCGGCGUGAUGUGCACAUAUUCCAGCAAAUUGGAAAACCACCAAUACCUCUUACAAAACAUGGUUAUCAGGAACAAAUUGUUUUAUGUUAUUCAUCAGAAACACAUUAUGAUUCUGUGUACCUGAAUUCCUAUAUUAAUAAUGCUGGAUUUUGCCAGUCAAUUGUUUAUACAAUACUCUAUUCCAAUGUUUUUUUGAUGAAUGAUGUAAGCACUGCUGUAGAAAUAAUGUUACGGAAGUCAGUGACUGCAAAGAAAAAAAAUUUUGUGGAUUUUGAGGACACAGAGAGUCUUAAUGUGUUUACAAAUUCACCAAAACCGGAGACUAUCGAAAAUGAUGAAUUGCUUAGCAACAUGAAAUAUUUAAUUGCAUGUGGACUAGUUCCAUUUCCGUACAAGGUUGCUAAGGCAUUAGAUCCAAAUAUAUACAGAAAUGUAGAAUUUGAUGCCUGGAGUGAUAUGAAAAGAGACAAAAAAUAUGGAAUUCUUCAAGGAAAUGAACUUGGUGAAGGCGUCAGGUGCUUGGUGAAACUUAACCCAGAAAAACUAUUUUAUGCUUACAUACAACAUAUGGAACCAGAUGAGGGACCAGUUGUUGUGUAUGUGGAAGAUCUUGCAAAAAUGUGUACAGUUGAAUACAGUCAACUGGAACCCUUGCCAAAAAAUGAAAGGCCUCCAUUGCCUCAACCAACUCGCCGAAUUCGUGUAAGAAAUGUUUUGCAGAAAUUAGCAUUAAAUGCUGCUUACGAUUUUGGAACAAAACUUAAAAAAACUCGAGCCGGUAAGCCUCGAAAAGUGAAAGAAGACUUGUGUCGUAUCCAAAGUUCAAAUGUUAGUUCCACUCUUAUGACGCAGAAGCUGCCUCUACACAAUGAAAAGAGGUGA